AUGGCCUCCCUCGCAGUACAGAAUAGAAAGGGAGAAGGCGAGAUGGCCCAACUGAAGCAAGUGAUUCAUGAAGGAAAGGUGUCACCUGAAUAUGUCACCGUCCUGCUCAAGAUCGUAAGCUCUCCCCACGUGGCUGCACUCAAGAGUCUUUCGGUCACCGAGGCAGCUCCUCUCGGCAGACGAAGGCUGAGGCCUGCAGCCACGGUCUUCCAUGGAGUGGCGACGUCUGCAGCUUUGAAAUCAGUGCUGCUGAAAAUGUUCCAGCCCUACCAGAAGUCUGUUGGCAAGAAGGAAGCAAAGUGGGAGGAUUUCGUCUCGGAAGAACGGAAGGAGAAGCUCCUGCUGAAGAAGGAGGAGAAAGAAGAGGCGAAGAAGGACAAGGUGGCUGCGGAAGAGGAGUCAGACAAGUCGCCCGCGAAGCCGACGCCCAAGAAAGAGAAGCAGCCCAAAGCCGUGGGGCGCGGUCAGGAGAUCACAAAGGCCGAGUGCCUGGACGGCAUCGACUUCCUGCUCGGGAAGGCGGCUGAUGACGCGGCGUUGCUGGCCGAUUUCCAGGCCGCCUUCGACGGCCCGGAUGUCGAAAAAGUGGGGCCCCACACACUGGCCAGACUCUACCUGGUCUUUCAAGCAAUGGAGGACGCGCUUGCUGCGCGCGCGCCGCUGCUGCCCGCAGUCGCGGACGACCCGCCGGCGCCCUUGACCCCGCAGGGGGACGAAGCUCCCGACUCUCAACCCCAUGAGGGUGAAGACUGGCCAACCGACAUGAGCGUCGAUGGUUCCCCUUCAACCGAGGGGUCUUCUGACUUCUCCAUUGACAGCCUGUCUCUGACGGCGACGGACGAUACGUUCCCAAUUAGUGAGCAGCCUGCGACACGUGCCCCAGCGCUCUUCAUCCCCGUCGAUCCCGACGCCCCCUACGCAGGCCCACCCGCAGCAACAUUCGGAGGGCUCGGCGAUUUGGCUGCUGAAGACUGGUCGCCGUUGAUUCUGAAUCCCAGAGCCCCGGCUUGGGUGGAGGAAGUACCCGAAACUCCAACCCUUGACGGCGUAGACUGGCGUAGCGACAUGAGCGUCGAAGGGUUCCUCUCGGGCGAGGGGUCGACCUGCUUCGAUUUCGACAACCUGAUGGCGACCAGUCAGACGCUUGCAACCAUUGAGAAGCCGGCGACACGUGCCCCAACGUUCUUUAUCGCCGUCGAUCCCGACGCCCCCCAGGCGGGCCCACCCGCAACAUCAUUCGAAGGGCUCGGCGACUCGGCUGCUGAAGAGUGGUCGCCGUUACUUUUGAACCCCAGAGCCCCAGCUUGGGUGAACGCAAUCUACUCUCGCUUCGAGCUCUGA